CAGCGCAGCACCCAUGACUUUACGCACCCAGCUGGGGCUCGCGCUCGGAUUCCUGCUCACCGCCCUGCUCCUCUCCUGGCAGGCCCACGGGCUGCAGUGCUAUGGCUGCAACAUCAUCCAGGAGAGGAGGUACGUGGACGUGGGGUGCUCCAACCCCGAGGUGAUCACCUGUUCACACUCGCACAAGGGCUUCAAGCACCGCUUCUGCCUCAAGACCGAGAGCAUGGCGCUGGGGAUGGUCCUGACGAGUGGCUGUGCCACGUCGCGGCACUGCCAGCAGAGGGAGCUCCCCGGGGUGCGGAUCCACUGCUGCGACACCGACCUGUGCAACAGCGCCCCCCGCCGGUGCCCUGGGGUACUGCACUGCCUGGGCCUGCUGGGCGCCCUGCUGCUGGCCUGGCUGUGGGGCUGCUUCGCCAAGCCGGAGAAUCCCAGCGCCGCGCGCGGGAAUCACGGAAUGCAGGCGGGAAUCAGGGAAUACAGCCGGGAGAGAAAACACACCGAUAAGGACAACAAACUCCUGUCUUCUUUAAGGGAUAGCUAUUAG